AUGCAUGAGUUAUUUCUUGCCAUUGUGGAUAAGUGCAAUGAUGAAUAUUCCUAUGUUCGCUUGCCACUAGGAAUUGUAACUUUUGUGUUGGGCUUCCCAGCUAAUGUGGCUCUGCUGUGGUUGCUGGUGAGGGGCGAGAAAGCUCUAUCACCCUCUGAAAUUUUGGGGCUCAAUCUUGGCGUGCUGAACGUCAUCUUUUGCAUCAGUCUUCCUUUUGAUGUGUACAUUUCUGCGAAUUACAUUCGUACUGGAGAUCUCCUGACCAUUACAGAGGCCAUUUCUAUCCUCAACCUGAUCGGCUGUCCUCUUCUUUUGACCAGUAUGUGUGUGGAGCGCUACCUGGCCGCAGCACAUGCAGUCCUCUACAUGAAACUAGGAAAUAAUUGGGAGUAUCGUGUUGUCUGCUCAGCUUUAAUUUGGAUCGUAACUUUAGGCAUUGCAGUGAUUACCUACCAACAAAGACUUCCUAAAUUAGCCAUGUACUUGUCAAUCACCCUUGAUGCUUUCUUACUGAUAAUGCUGGUGUGUCUAACAGGCAUCGUGCAUGUACUCCGCAAAAAAGGUCCGGGUGAAGGGCAAACGGGUAGAAGAGGGGGGUCAUCUGUAAAAAGCAGAGCACUAAAGAACGCUUUGCUGAUUCUAGUCCCUUCGGUUGUAGUCUAUGGACCUCUCCUGGCUAUCGCCCCUUACAUGUUCACACUAAAGGAUAUGAAUGAAGAAGUUAGUCACACACGCUGUUUAAUCCUGAAUCUGAUGAAUACCAUUCCUAGUCUUGGAACAUGUAUUGGGCCUGUGUUUUACAUGUCCCGUGCAAAACAACUGGGCUGCUGUAAAAAGAAUGCUGAAAAAGAACAAACAACGACUCAAGACCUACAGCAACCAAAGUGA